AUGCAAGGUUAAUAUUAAAUCCCUACGCCUCCUCCUCCACUCCCUGUAGUAGCAAUGCCAUAAAAAAUGGCCCAACAUCCCCAACGUCCUGUAAUGUAGGAGGAAAUAUUAGACGAUAAAAUCAAGAAAUGGCGCUAAAUGAAUCAAAAGCGUUACGAAUAAAAGCGCAAAUUUGGUUAUGUAGAUAUUUAAAAAGAGAAAAUGCCUCCCGAAAUAUUGCGAAAAGUAAUAAAAGACCAUGGUGAUAUGUCUUCAAAGAAAUUUAGACAUGAUAAACGAGUAUAUUUAGGCGCUUUAAAAUACAUACCGCAUGCCGUAUAUAAAUUAUUAGAAAAUAUGCCUAUGCCUUGGGAAUAAGUACGUUAUGUCAAAGUAUUAUAUCAUAUAACGGGCGCCAUAACAUUUGCAAACGAAAUUCCAUUUGUAAUCGAGCCAGUUUACAUAGCUCAAUGGGGUACAAUGUGGAUAAUGAUGAGACGAGAGAAAAAAGACCGAAAGCAUUUCAAAAGAAUGAGAUUUCCUCCCUUUGAUGAUGAAGAACCUCCCUUAGAUUAUGGCGACAAUGUCCUCCAUGUAGAGCCUUAGGACCCAAUUUAAAUGGAAUUAGACGAAGUUGACGACAAUUCAGUUUUUGAUUGGUUUUAUGACCACAGGCCUUUAUAAUUUACUAAAAUGGUAAACGGAUAAUCAUAUAAAAAAUGGCAUUUACCGCUCGAAGUAAUGUCUAAUUUAUAAAGACUAGCAAAUUAAUUACUUAGUGAUAUAGUUGAUUAAAAUUUCUUCCAUCUUUUCGAUGCUAAAUCCUUUUAUACUGCCAAAGCUUUAAAUAUGGCUAUCCCUGGAGGCCCUAAAUUCGAGCCUCUAUAUAGAGAUUUGGAAGAAGAUGACGACUGGAACGAAUUUAAUGAUUUAAAUAAAAUAAUAAUAAGGCAAUAAAUAAGAACAGAAUAUAAAAUAGCAUUCCCUUUCUUAUAUAAUUCAAGGCCUAGAAGAGUCGCAAUAGCCCCUUACCACUACCCUUCCUGUUGUUAUAUAAAAUAAGAAGACAUAGAACUCCCAACAUAUUAUUUCGAUCCAAUAAUAAACCCUAUAUCGGCCUAUAGAACCGAAAAAAACAAAGACUCAAUAACUACAGAAAUUGAAUAAGAUGAUCUCGAUCUAGAAGAAAUCGAAAUGCCCGAAUUUUUUCAACCCUUCCUAAAUGAAGAAGAAUUAUUUACAUCCUAAACUUCAAACGGAUUAGCCCUUUUAUGGGCUCCAAAGCCUUUUAAUUAAAGAACAGGCCGAAAUAGAAGGGCUAUAGACAUUCCUUUAGUCUCUCCUUGGUUUAAGGAAAGAUGUAAUCCCGAAAAUCCGGUCAAAGUGCGAGUUUCAUAUCAAAAAUUGCUUAAGUGUUGGGUUUUGAAUAAUUUGCAUAAAAGAAAGCCUAAAGCUUAGGUCAAAAGAUCCCUUUUUAAGGCUUUUUCAUCUACUAAAUUUUUCCAAUAUACAGAACUAGAUUGGGUAGAAAUUGGCCUUUAAGUCUGCAGAUAAGGCUAUAAUAUGUUAAAUUUAUUAAUUCACAGAAAAAAUUUAAAUUAUCUACAUUUGGACUACAAUUUUAAUUUGAAACCAGUCAAAACAUUAACUACAAAGGAAAGAAAAAAAUCCAGAUUUGGAAACGCUUUCCAUUUAUGUCGAGAAGUACUACGUUUAGUCAAACUAGUAGUCGAUUCUCACGUCUAAUAUAGACUAGGCUAUGUCGAUGCAUUUUAAUUAGCAGAUGGACUUUAGUAUGUAUUCGCCCAUGUGGGUCAAUUAACAGGCAUGUACAGGUAUAAAUAUAAGCUUAUGAGGUAAAUUAGAAUGUGCAAAGACCUAAAGCAUCUUAUAUAUUACAGAUUUAAUACAGGUCCAGUCGGAAAAGGGCCAGGAUGUGGUUUUUGGGCUCCUAUGUGGAGAGUUUGGUUAUUUUUUAUGAGAGGAAUCAUCCCCUUAUUAGAAAGAUGGCUAGGAAAUCUACUCGCUAGGCAAUUUGAGGGUCGGCACUCGAAAGGAUCAUCUAAAUAAGUAACAAAACAAAGAGAUGAAUCUAACUUUGAUUUAGAAUUGAGAGCUGCUGUUAUGAAUAGUAUCUCAGAUAUGAUGCCAGAGGGAGUCAAAGCAAAUAAAAAUAGAACUAUUUUAUAACAUCUUUCUGAAGCAUGGAGAUGCUGGAAGGCUAAUAUUCCAUGGAAAGUCCCCGGAAUGCCUGUUCCUAUUGAAAAUAUGAUACUUAGAUAUGUAAAAUAAAAAGCUGAUUGGUGGACUAAUGCAGCAUAUUAUAACAGAGAAAGAAUUAGAAGAGGAGCUACUGUAGAUAAAACUGUUUGUAAAAAAAAUAUGGGAAGAUUAACUAGACUUUUCCUUAAAAAUGAAUAAGAAAGAUAACAUAAUUAUCUUAAGGAUGGUCCUUAUUUAUAACCAGAUGAGGCUGUUUCUAUUUAUACAUUACUUGUACAUUGGUUAGAAUCAAGAAAAUUUAUGCAUAUUCCAUUUCCUCCUAUUAAUUAUAAACAUGACACUAAAUUAUUCGUUUUAGCUUUAGAAAGACUGAAAGAAUCUUACUCAGUUAAAAGCAGACUCAAUUAAAGUUAAAGAGAAGAAUUAGCUUUAAUCGAGUAAGCUUACGAUAAUCCACAUGAAGCCUUAACUAGGGUAAAAAGACAACUAUUAACAUAAAGGUAAUUUAAAGAAGUUACAAUUGAAUUUAUGGAUUUAUAUUCACAUUUAGUCCCCGUAUAUGAUAUUGACCCUAUGGAGAAAAUAACUGACGCUUAUUUAGAUUAAUACUUAUGGUAUGAAGCUGAUAAAAGAAGAUUAUUCCCUAAUUGGAUAAAACCAGCUGAUUCGGAACCCCCACCAUUACUAGUAUAUAAAUGGUGUUAAGGAAUAAAUAACCUAUAUGGUGUUUGGGAUACCAGUGAUAACUAAUGCCUUGUCUUAUUAGAAAGUAAAUUCGAAAAAGUCUACGAGAAAAUUGACUUAACAUUCCUCAAUAGACUUUUAAGAUUAAUCGUCGACCACAAUAUAGCCGAUUAUAUGACUGCUAAAAAUAACAUAGUAAUAAAUUUUAAAGAUAUGAAUCAUACAAACUCAUAUGGAAUAAUCCACGGUUUAUAAUUUGCUUCUUUCCUCUACUAGUUUUACGGCUUGAUUCUUGAUUUAUUAAUUUUAGGACUUUCUAGAGCUUCGGAAAUUGCCGGGCCUCCAAAUUAACCGAAUGAUUUUAUGACUUUUUAAGAUAUAAGAACUGAGCUUUCUCACCCAAUAAAAUUAUAUUGUAGAUAUAUAGACAAAUUUUUCAUAGUCCUAAGAUUCGACGAAGAUGAAAGUAAAGAACUCGUAUAAAGAUAUUUAACAGAAAAUCCAGAUCCAAAUAACGAAAAUAUAGUAGGAUACAAUAAUAAAAAAUGCUGGCCUAAAGACUGCAGAAUGCGUCUUAUGAAACACGAUGUGAAUCUAGGAAGAGCAGUUUUUUGGGAAAUGAAAAACAGACUUCCCAGAUGUCUCACCACAAUCGAAUGGGAGCAUUCCUUCUGCUCUGUCUACUCUAAAGACAACCCUAACUUACUAUUCAAUAUGUGCGGCUUCGAAGUCCGUAUAUUGCCCAAAAUAAAAGCCUAAAACGAGACUUUUACACAACGAGAUGGCGUUUGGAAGCUCUAAAACGAAUCAACAAAGGAAAUAACUGCUUAAGUAUUUUUACGUGUAGACGAUGAGUCUAUGAAAAGAUUCGAAAACCGAAUCCGUUAAAUCCUACUAGCCUCUGGAAGUACUACCUUUACCAAAAUCGCAAAUAAAUGGAACACCACAUUAAUCGGCCUAAUGACCUAUUUCCGAGAAGCAGUAAUCCACACCGAACAAAUCCUCGACCUCCUUGUUAAAUGCGAAAACAAAAUCCAAACACGUAUAAAAAUUGGCCUAAACUCCAAAAUGCCUUCCCGUUUCCCCCCCGUAGUUUUCUACACUCCAAAAGAACUUGGAGGGCUUGGUAUGAUUUCUAUGGGACAUAUUUUAAUUCCACAAUCUGACCUAAAAUUCUAUAGACAAACAGACACUGGAAUUUCCCAUUUCCGUGCCGGAAUGUCCCACGAAGAAGACUAAUUAAUUCCAAAUCUGCACAGAUAUAUAUAAUCAUGGGAAUCUGAAUUUCUCGAUUCUCAAAGAGUUUGGGCUGAAUACGCACUUAAAAAACAAGAAGCCCUCUCCCAAAACAGGCGUCUUACUAUAGACGAAUUAAUGGAAAGUUGGGAUCAUGGUAUUCCCCGUAUAAAUACACUUUUCCAAAAAGAUAGACUUACACUAGCCUAUGAUAAGGGUUGGAGAGUACGAUAAGACUUCAAACAGUACUAAAUUCUCAAAUAGAACCCUUUCUGGUGGACUCAUACUAAACAUGACGGUAAAUUAUGGAAUUUAAAUCACUAUAGAACUGAUAUGAUAUAAGCUUUAGGUGGUGUCGAAGGUAUAUUAGAGCAUACAUUAUUUAAAGGUACCUACUUUACAACCUGGGAGGGUCUUUUUUGGGAAAAGGCAUCAGGUUUCGAAGAAUCAAUGAAAUAUAAAAAACUCACACAUGCCCAAAGAAGUGGUUUGAAUUAAAUUCCAAAUAGAAGAUUUACUCUUUGGUGGUCUCCUACAAUUAAUAGAGCUAACGUAUAUAUAGGAUUUUAAGUAUAAUUAGAUUUGACUGGUAUAUUUAUGCAUGGUAAAAUCCCUACACUAAAGAUAUCUCUGAUAUAGAUUUUCAGAGCCCAUUUAUGGUAAAAAAUACACGAAUCAGUAGUAAUGGACAUGUGUCAAGUCUUUGAUAUGGAACUAGAGUCUUUAAAUAUCGAAACAGUUCAAAAAGAAACCAUACAUCCUAGAAAAUCAUAUAAAAUGAACUCUUCAUGUGCAGAUAUUCUCCUCUAUGCAUCCUUUAAAUGGCCCAUAAGUAAACCUUCUCUGCUGCAUGAAUAAAAAGACUCCUACGACGGUACUACAGCUAAUAAAUAUUGGAUUGACAUAUAAUUAAGAUGGGGAGAUUAUGAUUCUCAUGAUAUUGAAAGAUAUGCUAGAGCGAAAUUUCUAGACUAUACAAACGACAAUAUAUCAAUUUAUCCGUCCCCUAAUGGCUGUUUGAUUGCAAUUGACUUAGCGUACAAUUUACAUUCAGCCUUCGGGACAUGGUUUGAAGGAGGAAAAGCCUUAAUUUUAUAAGCAAUGAACAAAAUCAUGAAAUGUAAUCCGGCUUUAUAUGUUUUAAGAGAAAGAAUUAGAAAAGGACUGUAAUUAUAUUCUUCAGAACCCACAGAACCAUAUUUAUCCUCUUCCAAUUAUUCCGAACUUUUUUCAAAUUAAACUAUUUGGUUUGUCGAUGAUACUAAUGUCUAUAGAGUCACUAUCCAUAAAACCUAGGAAGGAAAUCUAACUACUAAACCUAUUAAUGGUGGUAUUUUUAUCUUUAAUCCCAGAACAGGUGAACUUUUCUUAAAAAUUAUCCAUACUUCAGUUUGGGCAGGUUAAAAGCGUCUAGGUUAAUUAGCUAAAUGGAAAACUGCUGAAGAAGUUGCAGCAUUAAUUAGAGCACUCCCGGUAGAAGAGUAACCUCGUUAAAUUAUAGUCACAAGAAAAGGUAUGUUAGAUCCUUUAGAAGUUCAUCUAUUAGAUUUCCCUAAUAUAGUAAUAAAAGGCAGUGAAAUGUAACUACCUUUCCAAUCAUGUUUAAAAAUCGAAAAACUAGGAGAUUUAAUACUAAAAGCUACUGAACCCUAGAUGGUAGUUUUUAAUUUGUAUGACAAUUGGCUUUCCACAUGCUCUUCUUUUACAGCUUUUUCGCGUCUUAUUCUAAUUUUAAGAGCCCUACAUGUAAAUAUAGACAAAGCCAGAAUGAUACUAAAGCCAAAUAAAUAAGUAAUAACGCAACCAAACCAUAUAUGGCCUUCUUUAACUGACGAUGAAUGGGUUAAAGUAGAAGUUGAAUUAAAAAACCUUAUACUAGCCGACUAUGCUAAAAAAAACAACGUAAAUGUAACCGCAUUAACACAAAUGGAAAUAAGAGAUAUAAUUUUAGGUUAAGAAAUGGCACCUCCCUCUAUGAAAGACGAAUAAAUAAAAGAUGUCGAAAAACAACAUAAAGAAGCCGCCCAUCAAACUGAAGUAACUGUCAAAACAACAAAUGUUCUUGGGGAAGAAAUAACCGUCACUGUCUAAAAACCUUACGAAUAACAAUAAUUUAAAUCACACGCCAAUUGGAGAAUAAAAGCAAUUUCCGCUACUAAUCUACACCUAAGAGCUAAACAUAUAUACGUAAAUUCUGAUGAUAUCCAAGAAUCCGGGUUCACAUAUAUUCUCCCCAAAAAUAUCCUCGAAAAAUUCAUUUCUAUAGCCGAUUUUGGUACUUAAAUAGGUGGAUAUAUGUACGGAAUAUCCCCUCCAGGCCAUCCUCAUGUUAAAGAAGUUAGAUGUAUAAUCAUGGUCCCUUAAAUAGGAAGUAAAGAUUCAGUUACUUUCCCUUAAUUAAUGCCUGAUUCUGAAUAUUUGAAAUAUUUGGAACCUUUAGGUUGGUUACAUACGUAACCUGAAGAAAAAAUGGCACUUAGUCCUUAUGAUAUUAAUUUACAUUCUAAAAUUUUAAAUGAAAACACGGCUUAUAAUCCUGAAUAAUGUGUUGUUUUGACAGUUUCAUUUACACCAGGUUCUUGUACACUUACAGCUUAUAAAUUAACUAAAUAAGGAUAUGAAUGGGGAAAGAAAAAUAAAGACUUAUAGGCUACAUCAGGAUAUAAUAAUACUCAUUAUGAGAAAACUUAACUAUUCUUAUCUGAUAAAAUAAAAGGAUUUUUCAUGUGUCCUGAUAAUAGUAUUUGGAAUUAUAAUUUUGUAGGUUUAGGUCUUGUUCAUACUAUGAAAUAUGCACUUAUUUUGGUAAAUCCGAAAGAUUUUUAUAAUGAAAAUCAUAGAGUCAGUCAUUUUAUUAAGUUUAAUAGAACUAAUGAAGAAGAAGAAUUGGAUUUAGUUGAGAAUGAAAACUUGUUUGAUUGA